AUGUCAUCUUCGUCAACCAACAUCUUGUUGAUUUUAUUUCAUCUUGUUAUUUUACUAUUCGCUAUAUCGGAUCUUAAACUAUUUAUUUUUCAUGUUCAUAUUUCACGUGUUGAUCGUGUGCCUGUAGAAAUUUAUAUUGAUUCAUCUACAUCAUUAUGGUAUCCGAUUUUAGUUGGAAUUAUUUUCAAUAUUUUUAUAUUGAUAUCAUCAAUAAUAAAUUUAUAUAUUCUUUUAUGUCAACGAAAUUUAUUCAAUAAACUCGGCUUGUCAACUUUGAUUUUAAUAUGCUUAUUUUCAAUACGUUUUAUAAUAAAUAUAAUUCUAACGAAAUAUCGAAACGGGCUUUCGACACCAACACUUGUUGAACGAUCAUUUUUUGCUGCUUCAUUAUCAUUAGAAGAAGAGCUUACUACAAUUGUUUUGAAUUGGCUCAUUAAAAUGAUUGGAUUUGUGUGCACAAUAAUAUACUGUUUUAAACAAAAAUGCAAGCAAACAAGCUGCAUUGAAAGACUAUUGGAAACAAAAUUAAUUUCAAGUUUUGAAUAA